UCUACCCGACAUGUCCCAGAAGUCUCUGCUCGCGACUGCUUCCCAUUCCGGUGUGUCACCACGUGGGUGGCAGGGUCGACCCCCGGCGGCCUCUCCUGAUGCAUGCUGCCUGCCGGGGGCCUCCGCCCUUCCCCUAAAAGAGUGAGUUGUACCCAGGGAGGAAUGCUCUCUGUCCUCCUGACAGUCAGGCCCUACCAGUCUUUAGGUUCCAGUGUUCUGUCAACCAGACCCUGAGCGUUUCCUAACAAGGAUGCCUGUUUGAAGCAGAUACUGUUCCAGAUUGAACCAUAAUUGAUGAUCAACAGAUGUUUUUCAUGGAAUCAGUGACGUUCAGUGAUGUGGCUGUGGACUUCACCCAGGAGGAAUGGAGAUAUCUGGGCCCUUCUGAGAAGAAGCUCUACAGGGACGUGAUGCUGGAGAAUUAUGGGCACCUGGUUGAUCUGGGACUCACUGUUUCCAAGCCAGAUGUGAUCUGCCACUUGGAGCAAGGAGAACCUCUUUGGAGGCCAGAAAAUCAAGUCACAAGGACCAGUUUUCCAGAUUGGGAGAAUAUUCCUGAAACCAAGGAGUCAUCUCCAAAGCUGGGCAUUUCUAUUGAACGUUCAUCUGAGGAAGAAUGUGCAAAGGUUCAUCUUUUUGUAUCAAAUUUGAAGAAAGCUUUGGAGUGUGAUGCCAGCUUACAGAGACAGCAGAGUACUGAAGAGAAAUAUUCUUGGAUUCAUUCUGGAAAGAAUAAAUGUCUUAUCUGUGGGCUGUCCCUCUUCAGCAAGGCAAGUCUUAUUCGACAUGUGAGAAUUCAUACUGGAGAGAAACCCUAUAAAUGUAAUGAAUGUGGGGAUGCUUUCCGUGAAAGUGUGAUCCUUAAUGUUCAUCAAAGAAUUCAUAGUGAAGUGAGACCUUAUGAAUGUCGUGAAUGUGGAAAGACCUUCUGCUCUAAGGUUGGAGUUACUCGCCAUGAGAGAAUUCACACUGGAGUAAAACCUUAUGAAUGCCAUGAAUGUGGAAAGGCCUUUCUUCAGAAAUCAUACCUUACACAACAUGCACAGAUGCACACUGGAGAGAAACCUUUUAAAUGUCAUGUGUGUGGGAAAGCCUUCCUGCGGAGAACUGGUCUGAAACAACACGUGAGAAUUCACACUGGAGAGAAACCUUAUAAAUGUCAUGAAUGUGGGAAGGCAUUCUCUGCCAGGAAUCGUCUUUAUUUGCACAUGCGAGUACAUACUGGAGUGAAACCUUAUGGAUGUCAGAUGUGUGGGAAGGCCUUUUCCUCUAGGAAUGAUCUUACUCGACACAUUAGAAUUCAUACUGGAGAGAGACCAUAUGAAUGCCAUGAAUGUGGGAAGGCCUUCAGCCAGAGAGGAUCCUUGACUCGACAUAAGAGAAUUCAUACAGGAUAGUAACCUCAGGAAUCUUUUCUAUUGGCAAGUCUCUUCAACUCAACAGAUAUUUAUUAAGUAUCUCUUAUGUUCAAGGCACUGUGCUAAGCCCUUAGGGAUAUAAUGAUAAACAUGAAAAUCAUUGUUUUCAUAGUAGAAAGCAAAAAGGAGUCAAGAUAAAGAGUUUGAUAAAUAUGAGAAUGCCAUCUUCUGGCAUAUACAGGCCAGUAAAAAAUAAUAACACAGGAGAAGCCCUGUGCAUGUCAUAGACAUAAAGAUUUCAGCUAGAACAUAGAAUUUCAGUGGUAAGAAGGACCCCUGUGGCCAUCUAGCCCAAUCUAAAUAUGAAAAAAAUUUUGUCCAUAAUCCCCUUGAGAAAUGAUCAUUGAAGCCUCGCUUUUAAGAUAGCCAAUUGAGGGGAAAACUCACUACUUGACAAAAUAGCCUAUUCCACUUUGGAAUAGCUCCAAUGGUUAGGAUUUUUUUCUUUCAUUAAAUAUGCAUUUGUCUUACCCCCUUCAGUCUUUUCUUUGGCCUUUGGUUACCAAAUGGUAAAGUCUAAUUCCUUUUACAUGUGACAGUCCUUUAAAUACUUUAAGAUAGCCAUUAUGCCCUCCCAGGGCCUUCUCUUUUCCAGGCCUAAUACAGUUCUUUAACCAUUUGUUCCCUAUUAUGAACCUGUAUUGUGACCCUUCCCUGACCUGCUUGCUUUCCUUUAGCUUCUCUUUAUGCUUCUUACUAAAAGAGGAUUCGAACUACUAGGAAACUCGUGGAUUAAAUUAUUCCUUAUCUAUUAUUUUCCCUCAACGUUUCCUCCAAAUUCUCUCUUGUUGUUUGACUAUGAGAAAAAAAGUUUGGUUUUCAUUUCUAAAUAAUUACCAGAUAGAUAUUAUAAUUUAACUUUUCUAAAGAAUACCCAAGACCACAUAACUAAGAAUAUAAUGGAGUAGAUGUUUCUUUCACUCCUCAUUAUCUCAAAAGAAAAAUUAAGCAUUAUAUCAAACGUACUUACAUCAGAUUCCACAGAAGAAAAAAGAUCUCUGAGAAAGUAAAGGCUGUAUGAAUUGACACCAAAGAAAGCUCAUCUUCUAAAGUUCUCGUUGAGCAGCCUAUUCUAACCAGUCUUCAAAUUUUGCAGAGAUAUGGAGUCCACACAUGUGAACAUUGCAUAUAAAGUAUGAUUCUUUUUGUUGUAUCAACUAGUUUUAUUGAAAUUUUCCCUCUUCCUCUUAAAAAAAUUAUAAGAGAUGACUCUUUGGAAAGGGCAUGAUAGGGGAGUGUAAAUAGAAUACUUAGAGAAUGUAAAAUCAAAAAGUAUAUUACAGAUGUGGAGAUGAGACCUCCUGGGUUCCAAUGUGACUUCAAAUAUUUCCUGGCUAUGGGACCCUGGGCAAGUCACUUAACCCCACUUGCCUAGCCCUUACCGCUCUUCUGCCUUGGAACCAACACAUGGUAUUGAUUCCAAAACAGAAGGUAAGGGUUUAAUUUUUUUUAAGUGAAUUAGCUAAACAGUAUGAUAAAGUAAAAAAGAAUGGCAGAUUAGACAAACAAAUGACAGCUCCCCUCCCCCUGCCAAAUAUGUUGUUUAUAAAAAAUAUAUCUUAGAAGAAAAGACAUGUAGAAAUAAAAUUGGCAUUUGAUAUGAGUUCCAUGUUUGGUUCUCAGACCCUUUGACAUCAUUUUCUACUCUCUUCCCCCUUUCCCCUCCCCCUACCCCCAGUCUCUGACAAGGCUAUCCUUUUGCCAAGGAUGAUCCUUCAUAUGUUCACUUGAUCCUAUUCCCUAUGAAUUUUAGAUUUACUCCACCCUGCUUAGUCUAACAAAACAGGAAUGUCUACACCCCUACUGAAGGAUUAAGUAUUGAGGAGGAUGGCCUAUGACAGACAUGUCAUAGCAUGCAAAUGUCAUAGGCUAUCAAAUGACAAAUCGGAAAAACUGACAGACCCCCUGGGCUGUCCUAAGUCAAGCUUAAGCUACCAUUGGUAUAUGUGAGACAUAGGAAGUGAUGUAAAAACGGUCUAUAUAUUUCACAUCACUUCCUCUCCCUGGGCUCUUUUUCAUGGAGAGAGGUGGCUGGUGGCAGCAUGCUGGGCAUCUUGGCACCUUGGUGUGGCUGCAGCUAUUGUCCAGGUUUGGCAGUGAGCGUCCUUGAUACAAUAUUGGGAGAAGCUUAGUAGCCUAGUUCAGGGGAGACAUCUUCACUGAGCUCUCUCGGAGUUCAGGCUGAUUUUUUUUUCUCCUUUAGUUUUCCUAAAAAUGCCAUCCUCUUAGGAGGCCUCGUGAUUGGAAGGUCUCUGAACUCCCUUGGCUCAGGCUAGGCCGGAGAAAUCCUAUACCCUUUUCCUUUUCUCUUAUUCUUAAUUCCUUCUAUCUAUAUUAAUUAAACCACCAUAAAAUUUCCAAACUGACUUAAGUAUUUUAUUUAGGAUUUUGAAUUAAAUCCCUGGUGACCAAUUAAAUUUAUAUUCAUUCUCAACCCUAAAUUUACCUUUACAGUCUGGCUAAUCCUUGAAGGGUGUGACCAGGACCCUCAAAUUUCUGUGAAACCUCUUUCCUUUCUUUAUUACUUCCUCAAGUCAGUCUUUUAAACAUCUAACUCAGCAGUUUAAAACACAGCUGUGAGAUCAGGUGAGUAUAAAACAUUUCCCCCCCCCCCCCUCUUUUCUCCUUAAUUUGAAUGGAAAACAGCCGAUUUUUAAAAAAAUGUAAAAGUGGCAUGACUGGGGAAGCUGUUUAUGUACAAAUCCCCCUUCCCUUAGGGAACAAACAACCCAAUUAGCCCACCCACAUUGACUAUACUGCCUAGAUUAUUCUUAACUGGCAGUGAGAAAAACCCUGAGGAAGUGUUGGCCUUGUCCUGCUCCCCACAUGUCUCUAGUUUUAAAAUUAAGUGAGGAAUAAAAACAAACAAACAAACCAACCUACCUGUGAGGCCCCUUAGGAAAAGCUGAGGCUUUACUCAAAGAGAUAAACUGUUUUACCCUGAAGAUAAAGUAGAGGAGGCUUGUGACCCUUCCCAAAUCAAACAAAAAUUCAGUCUUAACCUCAGGCAAAAGCCUUUGUUUUCUGUGUCCUUUUGGCUUAGGGGCCUUGAUUGGAUUAAAAGGCUCUUAAAAAAAAGUAUACUACACCCAAAUCUUUUGUUUUCACUCCCUGAUUUUAACCACUAGCUAGUAGUGACAUCUACUGACUGAAACCAAAAUUUUAAAUACAAAAUAAAUAUAAAAAUGAAUACUACAUUCAAUGACAUUUGUAUGGCAUUUGUAGAAUUAGGGACAUUAAAGAUUCAAGAAUACCUCCAAUUUCUCAUCUUAUUAGGUAAUUUCAUUUCUAUACUCCUAAAUACUGUAAUGAGAAAUGCUACCUUGAAAAAAUUUGAAGCUAAAAUGCAAGAAAACAUGCAAAACCAAUUGGAUAAUUUAAAAUGCUUCUUAUAGGAUCAAAUGGCAAAGCAAUAUAAUGCCCAUAGCUGCUAGCAUGCGGCAGCGGCCACACCCCGGGCAACGGCUUCCACAGGCCCGCUAAACCUUGUGAGGGUAGCCAUCGGAUCGUCGUGGACGCCUGGUGAACAAGGGCUUUGCUCACCCAGCAUGUGAAGACUGCUUCGGCUGAACAGGCGGAAGAAACCAAUAAGAAGGUUCAACGACUGAGAUGGCGACGCAUCAAGGCACUGUGGAGUGCUUAGGGCAUGUUGGAGCACAAAAGACAACACGGCCAUCCAAUGCAACUGAGGAAGUCUCCAGGUGUAACAACUUUUCGUGCCACUGGACCCAGGCUUCCAAAGCCGAGAGAGUGGAACUGUCUCUGUGCAUCGACUUUUCCACUUAAAUCUUCAUGCACAAGUGUCUUUGUGCACAAAAAUGCACAAAGACAAUAGUCAUCCUCGGUUACCGAGAGACAACUACUACUACUACUACUAUACAGGAGAAAUAAUGCAAAAAAUCUUUCCACAUUGACAAUAAUGUUAACAAAACCGGGAAAAGGAAAGUGAAAAAAUCUACUCCUAAUAUACUCUCAGAGUUUGUCAGUUCUCUGUUAAAUGGAUAAUAUUUUCUGUCAUGAGUUCUUUGGAAUUGUGAGUCAUUGUAUUAAUCUGAGAACCUAAGUCAUUCACAAUUUAUUGUCAUAGUUUUGUUAUUGUGCAUAAUAUUCUCUUUUUUUUGGCCAAAAUUUAAGAAAGUAUUCAGAACAUUUACAUUAUAGUAUUCUAGAUCUUUUUCACUUUUGGUUUAUAUUCUCUACUCAUCAUAGAACUCAACACAUAGAAAGCAAAUAGCAAAGGAUUGUUGACUGAUUUGUUUAAUAUAUGCCUAUUUAGUGACCUAGUCCAUACUGGCAAUGCAAUCACUUUUAUAUGACCUAUUCUUGAUAUAUUGGUGCUGGUCCAUGUAAUUUGAUCCUACUUUUCUUUUUAAUUUAAAUCAUAUUUUUUCACUUAAUGGAAAGCUUCCCCCAAUUGGAAAAGGAGAAAAUAAAACUCUUGGAAGAAACAUGCCUAGUAAAGGAUAAUAAAUAUCACAUCUAGAUAGAAUGUCUCAGUUGAAACUUUGGGAAAAUCCCCUCUGUCAGCAGAGAGGAAUCAAGUUUUAUUAAGUCUUCUGUAAUCUAUUUCCUUUCUAGAUAUCUAGAAGUAAAUUUCUAAUUAUUUAGUCCAGAAAUUUCCCCAGAAAUAAAAGAUAAUUUGACUGAUUUAUAUAUUCUGCUUCAA